AACCAUAAACUGCCUCUGGCGAAUGAAACCAAGACCAAGCUCCAGCACAGGCUGAAUACACAACCCUUCCUCACUUCCAAAACCCUCGACGCUAAAACCCUCGCGUCACCGCAAAUGUUACCACAUCCUUGAGGAAACCCCUCUAAAAUGCCCCACUAUUCCGCCAUCUUUAUCAGAACAACAGCCAUGUCGCUAAGGCCGACUUCUCUCCAGUUGUGCAGACUCCCCAAAAUCCUAGUAAAACCCUCUCCCAUGUCGAGAGUCCAAACUCGUUAUUUCUUCGGGCAUCUGCAUUUGCUGAGGCCAACCUUGGGACUCACGUGCUUGCAGAGAGGUAGCAUCACGUGCUUCAGGCGCGCUGCCGAUUCCAGGACUCUUGAGUUGGACUCACGGAAGAUUGACAUACCGUAUUUGCAGCAGCAGCGAAGCUUGAAUUAUGGCCGGUUUGCGUACGAGGACGUGUCCAGUGAUGAGUCUGAUCUCGAAUUGGGGUCGCCACAGCAGCAACAGCAGCAGAUGGGUGCUUCAACCCUUGACAAUAUUGAUGAAUGGAGAUGGAAAUUGACCAUGCUUCUUCGGAAUAAAGAUAGUCAAGAAGUGGUUUCAAGGGAGAAAAAAGAUAGACGUGAUUUUGAGCAUCUCUCAACACUUGCAACCAGAAUGGGUUUACACAGUUUCUAG